AUGAGCCACAUCUACAGCAGCCACCUGUCCCCCCUGGGCAGCCCGUCCAUGGUUUACCUGCCCGCCGCUCUCGGCUUCACCCCCGGGGGGGCCAUGUCCCGGCAGGACCCCCCUCAGAAACCCCCCUACAGCUACAUCGCCCUCAUCGCCAUGGCCAUCAAAGAGGCUCCGGAGCAGAAGGUGACCCUCAGCGGCAUCUACCAGUUCAUCAUGGACCGCUUCCCCUUCUACCACGACAACAAGCAGGGCUGGCAGAACAGCAUCCGCCACAACCUCUCGCUCAACGAUUGCUUCGUCAAGGUGCCCCGCGAGAAGGGCCGGCCCGGCAAGGGCAGCUACUGGACCCUGGACCCGCGCUGCCUGGACAUGUUCGAGAACGGCAACUACCGCCGCAGGAAGAGGAAGCCCAAAGCCGCGAACCCUCCGGACGCCAAGGGCACCGAGCAGCCGGCGCCGCCCGCCCGCCCCGUCGAGCCCAAGCGGGCCAAGGGGGACGCGGCGGUGCCGCGGGCGAGUGAGGGGACAGCGCCUUGUCCCCAGCCCCCGGUGCCCCCCGCUGCCGCCCCGGCGCACAAGAGCGUUCCCCGGGGCCGCAGCUUCAGCAUCGAGAGCAUCCUGGCUCAGGGGCUGCGGCCGCCGCCGCCCGGGGCAGCGGCGCCCAAGGCGGCCCGGGCCAGCCCCGGCUGCCGCGGCGGAUCGCUGGUGGCCGGCGGCGCCUUCGGGCCGGCCCUCAACGCUUCGCUCGUGCUCGACUCCCAGGUGCACGGGAGGCUUUACCACAUCGGCAUCCCCUUCCUCUCCUGCUUCCCGCUGCCCUUCUCCGAGGCCGUGUUUAAUUUCCAGUAG